AUGUUGUCACACAACUGCUUUUGUUCGGAAGAAUUGUAUAUAUCAAGCUCAUGCUCAACAACCCUAGGUGGCUCAGCAAGUUCAUUCACUGCCAAUCCGCAAGACCAGUCUCAGCUUUUCAGAGUGGGAGAUAUGACCAGAGGUGUUAUUAGUGAUAAGUGGUCCAUGAGGGUUCUCUGGUUCUGUGCAAUCGGAAGUGCCAUUGGCCUUUAUAUGGUAGCUGUCGAAAGGCAAACUCAGAAUAGGGAACGUAUGAUGGCCGAAGCUUUGAGAUCAGGAGCAGACAAUGCACUCAGCAGAAAGAAAAUGGCUUCAAUAAAAUGCAGUCUCUCCAUUGGAUACUUGGUUUUGUUAUCUUUGAGUCUCUGCUCUGCAUCUGCUCGUCGGGGCCUCCUGGACUCCAUGGACAACCACAAUACAAAUGAUCCACAAAACCAUAAAGGCCAUGUGACAACGUUGUCAGGAGGUGGAGGUGGAGGUGGAGGCGGUGGUGGUGGUGGUGGCUAUGGUUCAGGUAGUGGCUUUGGUUCAGGUAGCGGCUUUGGUUCAGGUGGUGGUUCAGGAAGUGGCUUUGGUUCAGGUGGUGGAAGCGGAUCAGGGGGAGGUUAUGGUUCAGGGGGCGGGUUUGGAAGCGGUGGCGGUGGAGGUGAAGGGGAAGGCGGUUGUGGUUUAGGUGGUGGAGGCGGAUCAGGGGGAGGUUAUGGUUCAGGAGGCGGGUCUGGAAGCGGUAGCGGUAGCAGUGGAGGUGGUAAUGGUGACGGCUGUGGUUGGGGUGGAGGAUCUGGAGAGGGUGGCUGUGAGAAUCAACCAUGGGGCGGUUGCAAUUGCAACCCAAGCUGCCAACCGGGUUGUGGCCAGCCUGGUAACGAGUGGGGCUCAGGAAACUGUGGUGGAUAUCCUGGCUAUGGUUGCCCAAUUGGUGCACCCGGUGGUUGUGUUGGUGGCAACCCAGGUUGUGGAAAUGCUGAAGGAAACUACGGUGGUGGAUGUGGUUACCCACCUCCCUCACACUCUGGUGCAUGUGGUUGCCCUCCACCAAUAAAUGGUGGCUGUGGUCCAUGGACUGCAGGUGGGAUCCAUGCUGGGGCCCACAAUGUGCCUAGUAGUCCUGUCUCUCAUGGGGCUACAAAAAAAGAUCAGACUGAUGAUAAAACCACGAAAAAUGUUCAGGGGACCUCUAAAAUCAAGGAACAUGACUCUGAAUCCAACCCGGACCAUGAGAAGCAAGAUGGUGAGGGCUUACUGGGCAGUUCACCCGACCCAGACCAUGAGAAGCAAGAUGGUGAAGGCUUACUAGCAAAAGAAAUUAAAGACAGUUCUCUGCAAGGAAAUUUAUUCUAUGAACCCGACCCGGGACAUGAGAAGCAAGAUGGUGAAGGCUUAUUAGCAAAAGAAAUUGAAGACGGCUUUUUGCAAGGCAAAAACAAGGAGGAUGAGCCAGAGCUGAAUCACUAG